AUGCUUGCCAUUGACAACCCAGAAGCUUUGCUACGGCGGUGCCAUUGCGCUGACCAUCCAAGCCGGAUCAACGCCCCCAACCACCACCACUACCACUACCACGACAACCACUACCACCACUACCACUACCAUCACUACCACCACCGCCACCACUUCCUCCUCCUCCACUCUCUCCUCCUCUUCCACCUCAUCAGACGUAGCUUCAGUGCCACAGCAAAGGCACCUCCUCCAGGCAUCCUCACAAUGAGCUUUGGAAAUGGCUCUCCCAUCCAGACUCAAGAUCCAGUCCGACCGCAGCCCAUCCCUGCUGCUGGCUCUCCAGCCGGCGGCGCUGACUCGAAUACUGCAGGCCCCGAUAAAGGCUCCAACUCGAGCACCAUCAUUAUCACGGCAUCGAUCGUCGGAGGCUCCAUCGUGUUGACCGGUGUCCUGGCCACCUCAACAUCCACCAGUCCCUCCCAGUCCCAGCCCCUUCACCAUGAAGUACCCACCAAAGUGAGGCUGGCAGAUUUGCCGCCGCCCUAUUCGAUUGCCUCCUCGUCCACAGGCACCACGACCACAUCGGACCGCUCGCUGUCGCCUUCUGCUGUCCAGGGCUAUGUGGUCGUUCCGGUCGCGGGUGCUGCACAUCCAAGACUCGAUUUUCGAGAGGUGACGACGACCCGCCCGGCAGUCGAGCCAGAGGAAAUUAGCAUCACACUCAACCAGCGAGUCGUGGUCCUCCAGGAGUUGCCCGAUGGCUGGGCUCUGGUCGAGAGCGACAAAGGCGAGCGAGGCUAUGUCCCACUCGACCAUCUGAAGAAGAUUUGA